AUGAUCUACUGCAAACCUGGCGCUCAGCACCAUUUCUCCCAGUCCAGGCUUGAUGCAAAUGGUCAGACGAAUGCUGCGCAUCUCACUGCUUGGCUCCCUCACGGCCGCGCACACAACACAAUCCUCCUCACCCAUCACAAAACUCCCCUACCACCGCCUCGACUCUCCUCCCCCAACGCCCCGUAUGGUCCCCAAGCCCACCCCCGUCGGGACUGUCGCCGCCAUGCCCACAUCGCCGGCCCGGACACCGGCCUCCGUCCCGCCAGCCUCCUCCCAUCCUCCCAACACGAGCGCCUCCUUCUCGAGCUCCUCCCCUUCAAAGACACCACCAAGUUCCACGACUGGCUCGACAGCAACUUUGUCCGCGGGCCCUGGAACGAAUUCAACGCAGACUUCCUCUCCCGCGCCAUCGCCGACGCCGCCGCGGCGGGCGUAGUGGGUCCCACCGGCCUCCCGGCCGGUCCCAGCGCCGUGCCGGAGCCGGAGAAAGUCCGCACGGCCCAGGCGGCGCGGGAGGCGCUCAACGCCCGCAAGGUCAAGUUCGUCGUCUACCGCCCGGACAAGAGCGCGUGGACGGCCGAGGACCACCACGUGCGCUUCAUCGUCACGCUCGUCGCGGACAAUAUGCUGCAGAACCUGUGGUACGAGUCCGAGUGGAAGAAGAAGGGGCUUGACAUUGCCAAGGCGGCGUAUGAGGUGCUCAUCUUCCUCAAGGCGACCAUGGUGUACGCAGACCCGAACCCGCCGAGUUACUCGGCAUGA